CACUGAGGUAUAAAUUAUCAUGAACCGUUACGUCUCAAUUUCUGAUGUGAACAAAAAAAUWACAAAUAUUUGCACGUUAGCUUACGUUCUACCCGAUUGGUGCUUUUUCUUCGUGACCUGGCAACCAAGUGGAAGCUUACAUACGCUUAAACAAGACAGAAAGGGGAUAUUUCGCUAGCUAGCUAUCCAGCACAAUACGACAAAUAUGUCUUCGAGGACGCUACCCCUGCUUUUUAUUAAUCUCGGUGGAGAAAUGCUCUACAUCUUGGAUCAACGCCUAAGAGCUCAGAAUAUUCCAGCUGACAAAGCCAAGAAAGUUAUGAAUGACAUCAUCACCACCAUGUUCAAUAAAACGUUUUUGGAGGAGCUGUUCAAGCCACAGGAGCUGUACUCCAAGAAGACCCUCAGGACCGUGUUUGACCGACUGGCCCAUGCCUCCAUCAACCAGGCCAGCAUGGACAAGCUGUAUGACUUGAUGACCAUGGCCUUCAAGUACCAGGUGCUCCUCUGCCCGCGGGCCAAAGAUAUCCUCCUUGUGUCCUUCAACCAUAUGGAUGCCAUCAAGGAUUUUGUGAAGGACACCCCAAGCAUUCUCAGCCAGGUUGACGAGWCAUACAGACAGCUCACAGAGAUGUACACACCCUUGUCUAGUGGCGAAUUUCAGCUCAUCCGGCAAACGCUCCUCAUCUUCUUUCAAGACAUGCACAUAAGGGUGUCCAUCUUCCUCAAAGACAAAGUGCAGAAUUCCAACGGACGUUUUGUCCUCCCGAUCUCAGGUCCUGUGCCCCACGGAACACACAUCCCAGGACUUAUCAGAAUGUUCAGCUGCAAUGGCGAAGAGGUGAAGAGACUGCAGUUCCGUAACGGUGGGAACUACACCAGUGUUCUCCGCGAGGGCUCCUUUGAGAUGUUUGGAGAGAGGGUCAUCAAGCUGGGCACUAACAUGUACAGUGUAAGCCGUCCGGUAGAAACACACAUGUCAGGGACAUCCAAAAACUCUGCACAACAAAAGUCGAUCAACACAGCUCCAAACCCCCUGGCCAAAGAGGAGCUGAACAUGUUGGCCAGGUUAAUGGGGGGUAUGGAAGUCCAGAAACCAGGAAAYGCAGACAGUGGCUUCCGAGUCAACCUCUUUGCYACCGAUGAGGAAGAAGAGGAGGCCUUGAUAUCGAGACCAAACGAGUUUUCAUAUGACGUCAUAAAAAUCCAAGCGUCUAAGAACCAUCAAGCCAAUGCAGAGCUGGUCAAGAUCAUGGGGGACUUCACGGAGGAGGCUGGCGCGCUGUGCCCAUUGAGUGCCAGCAGUAAAGGGGAUGACCUUCUGGCCAUGAUGGACGGGCUGUGACAGUUACCGUGGUUACCAGAAUCCGAGGGCAGGGCUCAAGGCUGAGUUGGUUAGGAACGGUGUGUUCUACUGUAGGACAGUGUCUUGUCUGCUCUGCUGUGCUGUGCCCUCUGUCUCACUCUGCAAAUAUGGCAGCUGUCUAACAAAAGCACACACAACACAAACCUCAUCUUUGUUUGUCUGUCGAGCUUUUCGAUGCUGAUGUGACGUGAGCAGGUCAAUUAAUUUGUUCAGCAAGGACCAACUGUAAACUCUCUGCAAGACUGUGCAUUUUGCAAAAGAGAGAGUUGGGAAACUUCAUAAGCUUGAAUAUACACUCAGUGGCCAGUUUUUUAGGUACACCCAUCUUGUACCGGGUUGGACCCCUCAGUAGCCAUGAAGUGAUGCACYUGUUUAGCAACAAUGUUUAGAUACGCUCUGGCAUUCAAAUGUUGAUCAACUGGUAUCAAAGGACCUAACUUGUGCCAGGAAAAUAUUCCCCACACCAUUACACCACCACCGCCCUGUACCGUUGACACCAGGCAGGAUGGGGCCAUGGACUCAUGCUGCUUAUGCCAAAUCCUGACUCUGCCAUCAAUAUGACGCAUCAGGAAACACGAUUCGUCGGACCAGCCAAUGUUUUUCCACUCCUCAGUAGUCCAGUGUUGGUGAUCGCGUGCCCACUGGAGCCGCCGCUUCUUUUUGUUUUCAGCUUAUAGGAGUGGAACCCGGUGUUGUCUGCUGCAAUAGCCCAUCCGUGACAAGGAUCGACAAGUUGUGCGUUGUGCACAGAGAUGCCGUUCGGCGUUCAGAGAUGCCCUUCGCCACGUCACUGUUGUACUGCU